AUGUCUGAUCAAAAUACGGCAUCCAGUAAUGUGGACGAGGCUCCAGAUGCUGCUCCUCCAGCAGUUCCGGCUAAUGAAGAACCGGCUCAAGUAAAGACUGCUGCCGAUGAUAUUCCUGCCGCAGAUGCAGACGUAAAAGAUGUAGAAGAGAAGAAAGUUGAAAAGACCAAUGGUAAGCCGCAAGAAAAAGCUGCGGAGCCUCCAAAGGAUUUGAAAGAAGACCCGAUUGGGUGGAUAAAUUCACAGUUUCCAGAAGCUGCACAUAAGGUAAACUAUCAUAUUCUUCGUUGGAUGCAACAAGUGGCUUGUGAAGAAGAAGAUAAAAAGCAGCCUUUGCCUGGAAAAAAUGAAGCUGUCACUAAAAACCAAUUCUUAGGUUAUUUACGGGAUGGUUCGAUGUUAGCUAAAGUUGCGAAACGUCUGCAGCCAGAUUCUGUAGACAAAGUUCAUGAAGGUGAUGAGGCAAGGGAUAAAGAAAAGCAAAUGUCGAACAUUAAUGCAUUCAUUAAAUUUGCAAAGGAGCUUGGACUGUCGGAACAGCAAGUGUUUGCAGCUUCAGAUCUCCAGGAAAAGGGGAAGUCUGGUUACCAGGCAGUUUUCAAUACAGUUAUUCAACUGGGUUUGAAGAUUAAUGAAAAGUAUGACCAGAGGGGUAUUGACGUGGAUCAGCUUGCAGAGGUGGCCUCUCAGGUCGUACAUUCCAGUCUAGUGCAGUCAAUCCUGAAUUUCCUUCUGCGUAGGCCUGCCCAGACGACGAAACAGCUGGCUAAGGAAGCGGAAGAGAAGGAGAAAGCAGAAAAAGUUGCAGAGAAGGUUGUGGAAGAAAAGCCCGCUACUACUGAGACGCCGGUGGUUAAUGAGCAGACAGCAGUACCAGCGAAAUAA